AUGAAAAGAACUCAACAAUCAUUAUUGCAUUUUUAUAAAAAAUCCAAACAGUCCACCGAAUCCGUCGAUGAUACAGUUCCAUCUACAUCGAAUGUUUUACAAGAUGAUGACAUUAUUGCAACACUUGAAACAGAAAAAACAGCUCCAAGUCCACCAGUUAUGUCUCCGGUAAUUGAACCUAGUUUAAAAUGUUUAGAUUCUAAGUUUGAUAUAGGAGGUUAUGUUGAAUGUAAGAAUAAUUUAAGUGACGAAGAGAAAGUUUCAAUUUUGCAAAACGUAUGGACACCCGAUUUAAAGUUUAAUUUCCCAUAUGAUAAUAGUGGAAAAUAUAAACGUAAAUUUCAAAUUAAAUGGCUUGAAACUUUCAAAUGGUUAGCAUAUUCAAAAUUAAGAGAGGGUUUAUUUUGUAAAUUCUGUGUACUGUUCUUAAAUUUAAAUCAGGUUGGUAAGGGAUCACAUGAGAAGUUAGGAAAACUUGUUUUAAAACCCUUGACAAAGUUAAAAGACGCAUUGGAAGACUUUAGAAAUCACGAAAAAAAUUAUUACCAUAAAAAUUCGUUACUUACUGCUGAUAACAUAAAAGCAAUUUUAGAAAAAAAACAAGAUAAUAUAUUAGUACAAUUAAAUAGCAAACGAAAAGAUGAAGUUAUAAAAAAUCGCGCAAAACUUAAGCCAAAUAUUCAAACAAUUCGGUUAUGUGGUAGACAGCAAAUAGCGUUACGAGGGCACGAGGAUUCUGGUAGAAUUUCUUUAGAAGAACCAAAAAAUAACGAUGGUAAUUUCCGUUGUUUGCUUCGAUAUCGCUCGAAAAAUGGUGACAACGUGUUAAAAGAACAUUUGGAAACUAGUGGUUGUAAAUCUAUGUAUACAAGUCCACUUAUACAAAACGAAAUAAUAAAUUUGUUUGGUGAUUUAAUUCAGUCAAAAAUUCUUGAAAGAGUUUCAAAAACUAAUUUUUAUACAAUACUUGCAGACGAAACGACUGAUAUUUCUCAAAUUGAACAGUUCUCAUUAUGUAUUCGUUAUGUUGACGAGCAGGUUUUUUCAAUUCGAGAAGAUUUUCUUACAUUCGUUCCGGUAUAUGAUAUAUCUGGUGAAGGUUUGGCUAAUACGAUUAAAGAAACAUUAAAAAAAAUUGGUUUUGAUUUGAAUAAAAUGCGAGGUCAGGGUUACGACGGGGCUGCAGCAAUGCGUGGUCGUUUUAGAGGUGUUCAGGCAAUUAUUAAAGAUAUGUACCCAAAAGCAUUAUACACACAUUGUGUAUCACACUCACUAAAUCUUUGUUUAUCGGAUGCUACAAAAUCUCAAGAUAUUCGAAAUGCUUUUGGUAUAAUAAGUGAAUGCUGUUCUUUUUUUAACAGUUCGGCAAAACGAACUACAGUCUUCAAAAAUAAAAUAAAAGAAAUUAAACCAAAUUCACAAUCUACAAAAUUGAAAUCUUUAUGUGAAACUCGCUGGGUGUUACGCCAUGAAGCAGUUAUGCUUUUUAAAGAAUUUGUAGAACCCGUUGUAGCUGCAUUAGAAGAAGUGCAAAUAAACUAUUAA